GUAGCGGAAUUAAAAAAAGAAUUGAAAUUACGUGGUCUCACCGUGACUGGAAAUAAAAAUGAUCUAGUAGAAAGAUUACAGACGGCAAUUGGUCUAACAAAAGAUCAGUCAACUGUUGAAGAUCGAAUUAAUUCAGACUGUUUAGAAGCAUUGGAAAAUCUAGAAGGUGGCGAUGAUGUUAAUGAAGACGAAGUUCUUAGUGAUGACGUUCUUUACGGCGAAGAACAGAAAGGUUCAGAACCUCCGGAAAUUAACGAAGAAGAGAUCUUAUCUCCCAUUACCACAACCGAUAACAUAAUACCUGUAAAAAAUACAGUAAAACUUCAGCGGAAGCCAUUACCAAUUGUACAAGACACACUUCAGAAUUCUAAUGCCGCAAAAUUACAAAGAAAAUUGCUACCAAUAUCGCAAGAUUCCAUUCAGAAUUCUAGCGUGAUUGUCGACAAUUCUUCUGAUCAAUCGGACAAAGCCAAAGAAGAUGCACAAAGUGAAAAUCAAAAUGGAGAAUCUGUAGCUACCAAGAAAGUCAUAGCAACAUCAACAAAAAAUCUGACACAAGAACAGAGAUUAGCUUUAAGAGCUAAAAAGUUUUCUAAUAGUUCAGAAAAAUUAAAGCUAAGAGCCGAAAGGUAAGUAAAUGAAAUUUAU